UUUAAUUAUUUUCUCGUUAAUUAUCUGCUUAUGUCCACACAAACCUUUAUCCAUGAAGUUCCAAUCCUCUGAACUUCCAAUAGGGAAACCACAAACACGAAGAAAGAGUAGCGCUCCAAAAAUUGCUCCUCUUGUUGCCAUUACCAUACUUUUCACCAUUAUUCCUAUUUACUAUCCUUCUAUACGUUAUUCUUCUCAAAAGAAAAUCUCUGAAGCUGUUUCUUCUAAUUCGGAAGAAUCAAUUCAGCCCAUUGAUCAUUUGGAACAUGAUUUGCAAGUCAACCAGCCAUGUCCCGUGGAGGACGUGCCCACGCAACCUUGUAACGUGCCCAUAAGACAAGAAGAAAAAGAAAAACCCAUGAAAUCACAAGAUGAGAUAAGUACAAAAUUUGAAACAAAAAGUGAUACAAAGGAUAAAAGAGUACCUGAACCCAGGAAAAAACUUGAAAGGCAUGAUCAACGUGCUAGAAAAAAAUCCAGCCAUCGUCAACGCGACUUCACGGUUCCUAAAGUCGCCGAAAAAGUUGAGAAGAAACCACCUAGUGAUGAUAAUGUUAGAAGUUUGACGUCAGAAGUAUCAGAUAGUGAAUACUGCGACUUAUUUUCAGGGGAAUGGGUGGAAAAUCCAGAAGGGCCUUAUUAUACAAAUGAGACAUGUUAUGCAAUUCAACAACAUCAAAAUUGCAUGAAAUUUGGGAGGCCUGAUAAUGGAUACUUGAAAUGGAGGUGGCAACCAGAUGGUUGUGAGUUGCCAAUAUUUGACCCUGUUCAAUUCCUGGAACUUGUUAAAGGCAAGUCUCUUGCAUUUGUUGGAGAUUCUGUUGCAAGGAAUCAUAUGCAGUCAUUGAUAUGUCUAUUGUCCAGAGUAGUAUACCCGGAAGAUGUUUCAGAAACGCAAGAUGAAAACAGACGCUGGAUAUACAAAGACUACGACUUCAACAUUUCCAUGUUUUGGGCACCUUAUUUGGUAAAAACUGAAAAAACUGAUCCAACUGAUGUUCAAAAACCCUUCAACUUAUAUCUUGACGAAUUCGAUGAAUUUUGGACAAGCCAAAUUCAAGGUUUCGAUUAUGUGAUAAUUUCUGCUGGCCACUGGUUUUUCCGACCAACAAUGUUUUACUUAAACCGCCGACUUGUCGGUUGCCUCUACUGUCCAGAAGCCAACGUUAGCCAUGUAACAUCGUAUUUCAGCUAUCGACGAGCUUUUCGGACAGCAUUUCGGGCCAUUAACAGUAACGAAAAUUAUAAAGGGGUAACGUUUUUGAGGACUUUUGCACCAUCUCAUUUUGAGAAUGGGUAUUGGGAUAAAGGUGGAGAUUGUGUUAGGACUAAGCCAUUUAAGAGGAAUGAGAAAGUAUUGGACGAUUAUAAUUUGGAGUUUUAUAAGAUUCAAUUAGAUGAACUAAAGAUUGCUCAAAGAGCAGGAAGAAGAACAGGGUUGAAAUUUAGGUUGUUUGAUGCGACACAACCUAUGUUGUUGAGACCAGACGGUCAUCCUAGUAAAUAUGGUCGAUGGCCUAAUCCUAACGUUACAGUGCCUAAUGACUGUGUUCAUUGGUGUUUGCCAGGACCCAUUGAUACUUGGAAUGAUUUCUUAGUACAGUUGCUGAAAAGAGAGGUGGGAGAUUGAUACUUCAUGUAAAAGCGAAUCUUUUUUUUUCUUGUGAUUUUCUAGAGUUUCAUUUUUAUUUUUUAUUUUUUGUAUUGGGAUGGUGGGGGUUUAGAAGAGGGAAAUUUGCUCCUCAAGAACGAAAAGGAUAAAGAUUAAUGUUGUAAAUUCCUAUUUCCUGGAAUUAUUCAUAUGUAUUCUAGGUAAUGUAUCAGCCAUACCAACAUGACUUAUAAACGUUUAACUGAUUUUA